AUGGCUGCACGCACACCCAGGAGGACAGCGCAGAAGAGAACGCCGUACAACAAGCGCACCGUGGAGACAAAAGAGGAAAAAGAAACAGAGAACCAGGACACAAACUCUAAUCUGACAGAUUUAAUAAGAUACUACAGAGAGAAAGAAGCCAUCAGAGAGGAGUACAUUGAGGCGCUGAGGGAAGAGAAUGCACACUUAAGGAGGAACUCCUCUGUCUCCACAGACUACUCUGAGCUGACAGGGCUUUCUAUCUCGAAGGUAGAGAACCAUCUGCACUGUAAACAAGCCAUAGAAAAAGAGGGGAAGGUUUCUUCUAUUUCCUUCACUUUAGAGAGAACGAGCGAUGGGUACACCUACACCUACCAAAACAGCAAACACAUCGAGAGUCUUCCCGAGUAUUUGAAGAAGGAGAUAUAUUUCGACGAAGACCAGAUCAAGCUAUUCUUCUUUAAUGUGUAUGAAUGUGUUGCCAGAGAAGAAUAA